CUUUCCUACAUCCGACCAUCAGUCAAGGAUGAAAGAAAACUGCAAGAAAUGCUAUCUUAUACUCCAUUGCAAAAUUUUCUGGUCUCUUCAGUGGAGCAGUAAACCAUGGUCUUCUGGACAUCUUGAAUCUUAUCUGAAUUCUUACUCAAUCAGCGUCACUCUGAAUUGCAACUAUGGGCAUUUGUAUGUGCAGCUUGAGAAGUUACGGGCCACUGGAAUUGAGGGAGAGAUAUUUGGUCAAAACUGUACUUCCUGCUGCGUCUGGGAUCUUGGAGCCGAGCCAAGGAAUGCAAAGGAUAGUUCUGCACAGUUUCACAAAGUCCAGUCUAGGUGCAACCUCAAAUGGCCCAUUCCAGCAGCUCCAUUCACAAAUGUGCUUAAACUACUUGGAUAUAUGAGUUCGCUUUGCUUUGGUUUUAUUCAAGGAGUUUCCUGUGAUUAUGGUUCUUCUACUUCUGCUUGUACUCUCUACAUUGGUGAUCAAUCCCCGGUGGCCUUCAUUCCAUCCGCAAGAACUGCUCCUUAUGUUGUGUGGUCUACAAGAUAUAUGCAGAUCGUCUUUGAAGGAUCACAUGAGGGUCUGAUUCUUCAUACAGAAUUCAGAAGCUAUAUGCGAACUAAUUCAGAGUCUCUGCACCUCAUUGGAGUUCUUGGGGAAUUGACUCAAUCUUGGAGCUUUACUGAUCAUGUCAGUACCUUGUCAAGCUAUUGGUGGUGUUUCUCUUGGGGACCAGAUUGGGAUCCAGGAGGACCGCUCUUGGAUGUUUCAUCCCCAAUUUCAACUAGUAUGCACACUCCAUCUCCAGAAGAAAGCAUGGAAUGCACGGGCUCAAAAUGGUUACCACCAAAGGGGACUGCCACUGGUAUGGAACAAGAUGAAAAUAAUAUUGGUAUCCACCUCAACCUCGUUCAAGUACACCUUGACAAUGGCUACUUCCGCGACAAAUACCACGAAAAAUCUGACAUGAUCAAGGAUCUUCAAGCACCCUGGGACCCUGGUGAGCCCUGCAUGAAAGCGGCUUGGGGUCAAGCCGAAUCUCAAGGGGUAGGGGAUGUCAGCGACCCAAUUAUGGCCACAGCAGCCCAUGCGCCGGGCCUGGUUGAGUGCCACAUGAAGGGAGGCCUGACUACAAGUAUCCACGUAGGAAGCAGCGAAGAGGCAUCCGGGCUUGGAUCAGGCAAAGGCAACGGCUCCUUACCCUUAUCUUCUCCUACCUGUUGUUCUUCCUCCUCCCACCUUCCCCAAAUCCACGUAUCUGAACUCAAAUCAUCUGUAAUGGAGUAAUUCGUGUGUGGAACCUAACAUAGUUUUUAGUGCUAGAUUCCUGAAGCUCACCAGAAAUGAGAAUCUCAUCCAGUACGUAGUAGGCCUGCAAAUUUCCCCAUGUACUCAUGAAAAUGAGCCCAUGACUCACAAAAAUGGCAUAAGUCUGGCAAGAAAUUGCAUAUAACUCCAGUCCUGGGUCUUCAGUGUCAACAUUUCAACAUAUGUGAAAGAGAUUACCUUGUGGAAAUUGAAUAUCAAAAUCA